UUUACUUCUUCAGUCUUCUGAAUAUCUUAGUGAAGAAGAGAUCUACGCGAAAUACAUACAAUAUAUACGAUGAAAAUACGGCAUAUUUUUUUAUUUAUUUUUGUCAGUAGAGUGAGUGUCGCCCAAAAGAAUACUAUGAAAAAUGGUUUAAGUUUUAUUUUACGAAGUCCAAAAGUACCUCUGGUUGUUGGUGGUGUAAGAACAAAACAAGGAGAAUUUCAACAUAUGGUUGCUCUUGGCUAUGGAGAAAGAAAUGAUCCUAUGUUUUUAUGUGGAGGUUCAUUGAUAAGCCCUCAAUUCAUUUUAACCGCUGCUCAUUGUGCAGAUACACUUGAGGGUUCGGUACAAGUUGUACGUAUCAACACAAUCACUCUGGAAACCCCAUUUCGAAAGUACAUGGACAUAGACGUGCAGAAAACGAUAAUUCAUCCUAAAUAUAAGCCUCAGUCAAAUUACAACGACAUAGCUUUGUUGAAACUAUCUAAAAACGUACCUUCCUUCAUAAAACCCGCUUCUUUGCACAACACCAGUACGAUAUCUAGAAAAAUUCUAACGGCUAUAGGAUGGGGCAGAACUGAUUUUGCUGGACCUUCUUCAAAUGACUUGUUAAAAGUCAAUUUGGAAGUCUAUUCAAAAGCACGAUGCAAUCCUUUCUAUAAAAACGUGAAUAAAUUGUCAAGAGGCAUAGAUAAUAAAAUCCAGAUAUGUGCUGGUGGACAGAGAAAUGAGACCAAAGAUACCUGUCAAGGUGAUUCUGGAGGUCCAUUAAGCUACAAAAAAGGACAAAAACAUCAUCUAGUUGGCAUUACUUCCUUUGGAAAAGCGUGUGGACUGGCAAGAGUACCUGCAGUGUAUACCAGAGUAUCUGCAUACGUACCCUGGAUAAAAUCGAUAGUUUGGAAGAAAAAAUCGUAAUAAUGAAGAAAAUAAAACAUUUCUUCUCGGAGAAAAAAGUUUACAGAAUUGUUUUCAAAGCCUGCCAUGUUAUUGUUCAAAUGAUUUGCCUGUUCAUGUCCAGCCGUCCAAGUAUUUUUAUAUUAAGAGAAAAAAAGUUUGCGCAGUUUAAAAUGUACUAUCUACAGUCAACUGAGUAACCUAUCCACCAAUAGCUGUAAAAAAGGUGUUGACUUUUUAUAGUAAAAAUGGGUUUCCGAGAUAUUUCUCUUUUGUAUUUUAAUCGCUUGUACAGUAAAGAAGAAGAUAUAUUCUUGUACUAAUUAUUUUUUAUUCUCCAGAAACAUGGCAAGCUUUUUGUUAAG